AUGUCGUGUAUCACCGUGUUUGAUAAAGUGUACAAGGAGAUGAUGGAAGUGGUCGGAGCUGACGGUCCAGUCACGAACGAGCAGUUGAGGCAGCUGGAGUACCUGGACAUGGUGUACAAGGAGACACUGCGGUAUUUCUCCAUAGCUGCCCUGAUACAGAGGACUGUAGUGGAAGAAAUUACUAUUCAAGACGGUAGUAUAACCCUCCCAGUGGGCACAUCGCUGGUGAUACCGAUCCACAACCUCCAUCGCGACCCUCGUUUUUGGGAGGAUCCUCACAGGGUGAUGCCGGAGAGGUUUCUCCCGGAGAACGUGAAGAAACGAGACCCUAACGCCUUCGUACCUUUCAGUUUGGGACCUAUGGACUGUUUAGGUCGAGUAUACGCCACAGCUCUCAUCAAGACGAUAGUGGUGUGGGUGCUCCGGUACGCAAGGUUGGAGCCAGCUGGGAACCUUGACAAUAUAAAGCUCAACGUCGCCAUCUCCGUGUCCUGCGCUGAUGGAUAUAAUAUUAAGGCUAGACCUAGGAACGGUAGAAUAAAUGAAUUAACAUGA